AUUGCUCGGCUCGGAUUUUAGCCAGAAAAAAGUGUUGUCAUUUUCCACGGUCGAGAAAAAUAUCGUUUCUUGCGGAAAAACGGUGAAAUUUCAGUGCAAAAAUAUAAUUUCAUAGCUCACAAAACUGUGCAUGAAUCGGACGAAAUCAGCACAUUUCUAAGGAUCGUUCAGAGCGUGGGUAAAGCCAGGAACUCCUAGCGCAGCGGUGAAAUUUCUUCGCCUGGUAAUCCAAUAUGCGAAACAUCGGCCCCAAUCAGCACCAUCGCCAGUGUGACGACGACGGGCGGAAGUCGUCGUAAUCGGACAUUUCUGUGCAAUUUUGGUAUUCGGAAAAUUGGAGAAGUGAGGUCACCAGACAUCCACCGCGGGUGAAAAUUUUACAGGCUUUUUGAAGAAGCAGUCGACGGAGAUGGAACCGGAAAAUUCCACCAAGUACCAGAAACUGGCUGCCGAGUACUCAAAGUUACGAGCACAGGCCAGCGUCUUGAAGCGAGCCGUUCUGGAUGAACAGAGCAAAAGCGCCGCCCUUCGAGAAUCCCUCAAGGAAAGGGAAGCAAAUCUACGCAAAUCGGUCCAAGAGGUGGACAGCUUGGGCUUUCGGAACAAGCAACUAGAACGGACCGUGGCAUCCCUACAGCUGGACCUGGAAGAGCUCCGGAAAGCCAACACCAAGGGACACAAGUCCAAGAACUCGUCAAGCAUCAACGAUUCCAUAGCAGCACCGAUGACGACGGCGGACACACAAGUGAUACGAGAAGAUCUGGCGAAAAAGAUCGUGGAGAACUCGCAGCUGAUGAUGCAGAUGGAGGAUCGCAAUGCCGAAAUCAAACAGUGCCAAGUGCGGAUGGAGGGCCUGAACCGGGAACUGCAGCAACAAGCCGCCGUCGAGCAGAAGCUCCGAAAGGAAUUGGAAGCUCUGGCGCUGCGGAACACCGAACUGGAAGCGAAGAUUUCCGAGGCUGCUAGCACGAUCGGAAGCGAAGACGGACUGAGUGUGACAGCCGACAUGGAGAAUCACUACAAUAGCACUAGUAAUCACUUUAGUAGCACAUCGAAUCCAGCGGUGACGGCAGCGACGGAAGGCAGAACCAACAACCAGACGAGUUCCGGCGGUGGCGGCGGCGGCAACGGUGGCAACUGUGAUGAUAGAAUAGUAUUUCUCGAGAAGGAACUAAGUCACUGGCGGGCGCAGUACGAGCUGCUCAAAAUCGAAACCACUAGUCAGCGGGGGCCAUCGGUGGACAAUGCACCGGAGUUGGUGGAAAAGAACUCGGAAGACAAUCAGAUUCAGAGCGAGCAGCAAUCACGGGAGCAAAAGCUGACUGACUGUUUCACGAAGAGCAUAGGAGAGCUAUUUCAUGACAAGUGCAGGGCGGAAUCGAAACUGGCAUCGCAUUUACUAGAGUCUCAAAGACUGCAAUCUCAUCUGGAUAUUAUGAAGAAUCGAUUACAAGAAGGCGAAGACACCAUUCGCGACAAAGAACACCGAUACCACAUCAUCGAAGAUGAACUCGCCCGCACCCGCCUAAACUACGAAGAACAGAUAAGCGUCCUCACCGAACAGGUGGUAAGCCUAAGCGAGCAGCUGGCCAGCUGCAAAUAAGACUAGACUAGCUUCCCCGUCGAACUAGCCCGAACACUCAGCCACCCCAAAAAAAAGUAGUGGGUGACCCUCGUUUGUACGAAAAUUACUAUAACAGCUGCUACUACACCAGAGAAUACCAUUGAUUAAGUUGAUCUAAUCAAACAGUGGUUAGCUAUAACCCGUAAAGUCUUCAAGCGCGAAAUAAAAAGUCGAGUGGAAGAAUGAAUAUACCAAGCAUAGGUAACUAGUUGUUGAUUUGGAAACGAACUACGCAUUAGAGCAUUCCUACUAGCGCCGCCAGUGCAACCAAUCGCGCGUAACUGUUUAAUUAUAGAGUAUUAUAACGAUUUUUUUUCUCCGUGUUUCUUUUUCUAUGCUGUGUGAAUGUCAAAGAUCAAAUUACUAUAUCAAGAAAUUUGUGGAUGAAAUUAUUGAAUGACGAACAAUAGAAAUAAAUUGUGCAGAUUAUUGUGUUACUAAAAAAA